AUGGCGAACGUCGCAUUAAUCGGUGCCACUGGCAUGGUGGGCUCCCAUAUCCUCAACAGCCUGAUUGCCAACCCUUCUGUAACCCGCGUGGACACCAUCUCCCGUCGCACCCCACCCGUCGCCGGCGGUGCACCACCAGCCAAACUCACCAACUUCGUCUCAACAGACACUGAAACCUGGGCGAGCCAGCUUUCCUCCCUAAGCCCGACCCCAAGCAUCUUCAUAUCCGCCUUCGGAACCACAAAAGCAGCAGCCGGCGGCUUCGAAAAUCAGCAUAAGAUCGAGCACGGACUAAACGUUGAGCUUGCUAAGGCCGCGCGCGAUGCUGGUACCAAGGUCUACGUGCUCAUCUCGUCUAGCGGCGCGAACAAGGACUCCAAUAUCGCGUACACGCGUAUGAAGGGCGAGAUCGAGGAGGAUAUCAAGGCCCUCGGCUUCGAGCGGAUGGUCAUCCUGCGCCCUGGUUUGAUCUCUGGAACCCGCGAAGAGAGCAGACCUCUUGAGGCUGGUAUUCGAUUCGUCGCUCACUGGGCUGGCAAGGUUCAUUCUAGUCUAAAGGAUGGAUGGGCGCAGGAAGCCAGUGCCAUUGGAAGUGCCGCUGUUGUUGCCGGACUUAAGGCCCUAGAGGGCGAUGUCCCGGCUGGCAGUGAAAAGGUCUGGACUUUGUUUGGCAGUGACAUCAUGCAGCUCAGUAAGGAGGGCUCAUCUUGA